UGGUUUUACCUAUGUAACAUUUAGCUAUCCACACUCGUUGCGAAGCAUGGCCUCUUGUGGUGUAUAUUUACUUCCACUUUUUGGGACCCCUCUGCUCUCCUCCUCCUGGUUCCCCUCGGCCAGCAACUCGUGCCUCUUGAACCCGAUCACUCCAGCUCCCACUUCCCGCUGCCAGCAACUGCCUAGUCCUGCCUACUCUACCAGCCCUCCUCUACAGAGGAGGGGCCACUCACUUCAGCCAACCUCGGGAGAAAAUGUCUGGAAUCCGUUUCCGGUGAUUUCUUUGUUUUUUACUUAACUUUGCAAACAACUUUAAUUUCCACGACAACUUGUGUUAACUGUAGGGGAUUGAAUUAACGUUACGACAAUGGCUUCUUCGCCUCAGAAGUCCCCGUCCUCUCCGAAAUCUCCGUCGACCAAAUCUCCGACGCCCAAAUCCCCAUCUUCCAGAAAGAAAGACGACUCUUUCCUGGGAAAACUUGGUGGAACUUUGGCAAGAAGGAAAAAGGCUAAAGAAGUGUCUGAGCUUCAGGAAGAGGGGAUAAAUGCCAUAAACCUUCCUCUCAGCCCUUCCCACUAUGAGCUGGACCCUGAGGACACCAUGCUAGAGGAGAAUGAAGUACGCACCAUGGUGGACCCCAACUCCAAGAAUGACCGCAAACUGCAGGAGCUCAUGAAGGUGUUGAUCGACUGGAUAAAUGAUGUUCUGGUUGGGGAAAGGAUCAUUGUGAAGGAUCUGGCUGAAGAUCUGUAUGAUGGACAGGUCCUACAGAAACUAUUUGAAAAGCUGGAAGGUGAGAAACUGAACGUGGCAGAGGUGACUCAGUCGGAGAUUGCCCAGAAACAGAAGCUGCAGACCGUUUUAGAGCGCAUCAAUGACUCACUCAAACUCUCCACCAGGAACAUUCGCUGGAAUGUUGACUCGGUUCAUGCUAAGAGUAUAGUUGCCAUCCUGCACCUGCUGGUGGCGCUGUCGCAACACUUCAGAGCACCAAUCAGAUUGCCAGACCACGUUUCUAUUCAAAUAGUGGUCGUUCAGAAAAGAGAGGGCAUUCUCCAGUCCAGACAAAUUCAAGAGGAAAUCACUGGCAACACAGAGGCUUUCUCUGGCAGACAUGAGCGCGACGCUUUCGACACCCUGUUUGACCAUGCUCCAGAUAAACUGAAUGUUGUUAAAAAGACAUUGAUCACAUUUGUGAACAAACACCUCAACAAGCUCAACCUAGAGGUGUCUGAAUUGGACACACAGUUUGCAGACGGUGUUUAUCUGGUAUUGCUGAUGGGGCUGCUGGAGGGAUACUUUGUGCCGCUCUACAACUUUUUCCUCACACCAGAGAAUUUUGACCAAAAGGUCCACAAUGUGUCCUUCUCCUUUGAACUAAUGCAGGACGGAGGUCUGGAGAGACCAAAGCCCCGACCAGAGGAUAUAGUGAACUGUGACCUUAAAUCGACACUGCGCGUCCUCUACAACCUCUUCACCAGGUACAGGAACGUAGACUAAGCUGGGGACAAGAAAAGAACACUUAAACCAUGGACCACAUGUUAUAGUUCAAUAUGUUUUUCCUUCUUUUUGUUGUAAAACUCUGUUUUAUUCUGAAUGCAUGUCACAUUUUGUCCCUGUUGGAUAAUGUACCACACACAAAUCUGUAUUUUAUUUUUCUUCAAAUUCCUGCAGAGACAUUUUUUUUUUUUUUUAUUCAAAAUUUUGCAUUUCUAUACAGUCCUAUGGACAUCUAUGAGAUGUUGAAGUUUAGAUAAAGUGGGAAUUUCGGUAUUAAUCAGCCUGGACCCUAUUUUCCCAUGCAUUUGUGUCAAAGUGACUAAUGUAAACAAAAAUCUUAAAAAAUUGGGCCAGUAUUGAGCGACAACACUGUAACCGGCAACCACGAACCAGGCUGCAAUGUAAUCCUUUAGGGCAAAUGCUUACCGUCAAUAUGCGUUCACUAAAAGUCCUAGUUUGUACCACUGACAGGCUCAGAUUAUUAUUGUGAAGUGACUGACUACAUUACGGAGAGAUGGAGAAGUUGCUGUUAUCCUGCCAAGCUUUCAUGUCUUACUGAUGCCAGGUCAACAUAGUAACUUUAGCUAAUAGGAUUAGCUUACCUCCACUCUGUCUGCAGCUCUUCGCUUUUGGAAAUGCAAAUUUCUUAAGAAAAAUGUGCUUUGGUAUAGGAUUUCUUCUCUUUGGCUGUAGAUAUCCCGGUCAAACUGGUCACUGCAGACCCGAUGGUUUGCAAGGCCCAGUGUAUGGACCGGAGUGUUAGAAACCAUUUGUAGCUGAGCACAACUAGCCACAACUUCAGCCUGUCUGUAUCCAAAGAUAACGUCUUUGAAAGCUGUGCAAAGUUUAGCUCGACAUUUCGUUGGUACAGUUCGGAAAUGCACAAUGAAAAUAUUUGACAGGGUGUCCGCAGGGUUUUAAAAAGUAUUAAAAGGUAGUAAAUCGAAUUAGUAAAAAUUAAGUUAUUAAGGUAUUAAUCGUCAUUUUACAAGGUAUUAAUUUUUUUUAUAAUUUUUUUGCAAAGUAUGAGUUGUCCAUUUGUUUUAUUAUGUCUAUUUAAGUUGAUCUUGUCAAGUUCGUGUGAUAUUAUAUCCUAUCCUGCAUCGGGUGAUAGCCUAUUUUAGCCUGACGAUCCACACCAUUGGCAGGGCUCAAUCCGAGGGGCGGGAUAAACGGUUGUCUUUCAAAUUCCCUCUGCACGCUACAACCAAGCAGAACAAAGAAGAAGAUUGCGGAGCUAGUUGAUAGAUUAAACUUUUGCCGUAUCCGGUCGGUAAAACUCCGAACACAUCUUCCUUUUUAAGAAUU